GGAUAUAAUUCCCGUCCACAUCGAGCCGUCCACAGAGACCCGUUUUGAUGCAUAUACCUUACACGUCAUACAAUAUUUGAAUUCGUAGAACUGUGAGAGCACCUCUAAGCUAUACUUGUCUUGUAUUUACAACUCUAGAUACUGACCAAAUCAAAGCUCAAUUAUCAGGGCAACGAUGGCUCUACCACCUCCGCUUCCCCAAGGGCCGAUCUAUCACCCAAAACUGCCGAUAUGGAAACGCGUAACCAUUUGGCUCAGGAUACACUUCAUCAAAGCCUUUAGCAAGGUCUUCAUCCCGAUAUUCAUGUCCCCCUAUGUAGUCGGUCGAGCAACCCUCCCUACAUUCACUAAAACCUAUCCCAUCCACUCCUCACUCACCCAUAGGAUCUUCGUCCCCCCCACCUACAAAUCCGGCGACCCGCCGCUUCCCGUCUACCUUGACAUCCACGGUGGCGGAUUCGUCUUUUGUGUCCCUGCCAUCGACGAUGAAUUCUGUUCUUAUUUCUCCUCUAAACACAAUAUCCUAGUCAUCUCCCUUGACUACCCCAAGGCUCCCGGAUCAACUUUUCCUCAACCAGUUGACCAAUUAACCGAUGUCGUGAAUUCUAUCCUCGAAGACGAAUCUCUCCCAUUCGAUCGUUCUAAAGUAGCUAUUGGUGGUUUCAGCGCUGGCGGCUGUUAUUCCCUCGCAGUUCCACAAGCUUCUUCCCUCCAAGGCAGAAUUCAUGGCGUAUGUGCAUUCUACCCCGUUCCUGGAUUUGUGACGCCGCAAUCAGUCUCGAUUGCAGCGAGACCUUCUUAUGCGACUAAAGAUAUGUUGGAAAAUUUGAUGCCACUAUUCAACUAUGCGUAUAUAAAUCCUGGAACGGAUUUGUGUGACCCGAGACUCAGUGUUAUGUAUGCGGAUAGAGAGAUGUUGCCGGAGAAGAUUUUUAUGGUGGGGUGUGAGUUGGAUCUUUUGUGGUAUGAUGCCGAGUUUAUGGCGGAGAGGCUUGUGGGGAAGGAUAGGGUGGAGGGCGAGACAGUUUGGGAAAGGGAUGGGGUUAGGUGGGAGAAGGUUAUGGGUGUUGAGCAUGGAUUCGAGAGUUUUGGGGGGCGCUUGGAAAGAGACAAAGCAAAGAAAGAAAAGCUAAUUGCAAGAGGAAGGAAAAUGUAUGAUGACGCUGCAGAGUGGUUAUUCAGAGAAGUCUACCAUUAAAUUAUCGCCCUUGUCUUGCCAUUAUACUCUACGAGCUGGUUUGUUGCGCUCCAAAUACUAGGUAGAGCCUAUCGAAAAAAGAACUGCUCAAAUAUAUAGCUUUUCAGACUGGGAAGAACUCUAAGCAAUAUCCAAUCUAAAUCUAAACAAUGAAUAUCUUGUUAUCCUCGAAACGUUUAGAUGAGAACCCCCA